AUGGCCCGUGGGCAGCAAAAGAUCCAAUCUCAACAGAAAAAUGCAAAGAAACAGGCUGAUAAGAAGAAACAAGGAAGUGAUCAGAAGGCUGCAGCUAAAGCUGCAUUGGUUUUUACCUGUCCUGUGUGCAGGGUAAGAGAUGUCUAUUUACUUUAAUUAUUGUUCUAAAACGUCACUCCUGGAAUUUAGAGCUUCUGAUAGAGGCUUUAAACAAACACUGCUACCUCUUUUUCUUAGAGAGUGUAAUAAGUUAGCUGUGGGUUUACCAUUUCUCAUGAAUGUUCUGUUGAAGUGUUUACAAUCUGUGAUCAUUAUUGUGGAUGGAAGUUGGUGUAAGCAGUUUUUUAUUCAUAUAUUUUAAUUUACCUUCAUUGAAAAGGAUUAGUAUUACAACUCUGCAUUCUUCAUGUUUUUACUGUCACUAGUUAGUUGUGCAAAAAAAUUAAUAUUUUUACUUACCUUUCCAGUGCUGCAGUUCCCUCGACUCUCCAUUACACAAUAAAAUGGAGGAGGCAAGGUCUCCUUCACAGUGGUCCAUUCCAAUGGUCCAUUCCAUAGAGAAGCAUUGGGGUCUUGAUCCUCAUGUACCUCGGGUAACAUGCACACAUUCAAGAUUCAAUGAUUUCCUAUUGGAGCUAACGCAACACGUGACCAUGUUUUGCUCUGUUACUGCUGCGGAAUCGCCUUUAGUGGUUGUCCGGAUGACACUUUUUAGUAGAUAUAACCCUCAAUAAAAACAUGCAUGCCUUUUUAAAGGGACAUUAUAGUCACAUGAGCAACUACAGCUUAUUAUAUUUGUUCUGGUGAGUAUAACCAUUACAGCCGGCUCUGCCUAUGAUCUGCCUCCUUGACAGUCUCAGCCAGUCCAAUGCUUUACUACGGGAAAGCAUUGUGAUUGGCUUUGAUCAAUGCCAGCCAAGCAGGCAGAUCGGGGCAGAGCAAGUAGCAGCAGACUGUGAUAAAAGUAAGAUUUUACUAUAUUUAGUGGGGUGGGGACUAGAUGGUGUUUGUAACACUAUAAUGUCACAAAUACGUGUUUGUGACCCUAUAGUGUUCCUUUAAUUUCUGCGUUGUAUUAUUGUGGAUAUAUCUAGAAAUAGCAUGCACAAGCUGUAGCUUUCUUGUCUUAAGCCUUUGCAAGCCCUUUUCUUCUUUCCUACACUUUCUCCUGCAGUCCAAUAAGACUACCCAAUGCUACACAGUGAAGUGUAUUUGCAAGGCAGGUGCUCUGGGCAAUUGCUGCCUCGAGUUUCUUCACCGAGCUAACUAAACCAGGAAGUAACAGGACCUGUUGUCUGACAGCUUAGGGGCAGUAACAAGGUUAAUGUGUACAUUUUGUUAAUUGAAGAAAAAAGGGGACAUCCUCUUUACACAAAGUAUUUCAGCAAGUAUCUUUUUAUCCCUAUAAUGUAAACAUUGCGGUUUCUUUAAAAAAACAAAAACCUGCAAUCCCGAUUUGCAUGGUUUGCACUAAAAGACCACUGCACCUGACCAUUAUAUGUGUAUACUAGUAUGUAUUAUAGAAACAUUAUGCCAUCUGAAAGUUUAGUCAUUAUAAAACAAGACAGGUUUUCCUUAGAACUAUACACAGUUACUUGUGUGAUUUUUUUUUUUUUUUAUUUAAUAUUUUUCUUUGUAUUGUUGAUCCUUAUGUUUUCUAUCCACAUUCAUAUUUUGAUCGCAAUGACAGAUUUUAUUUUAAAAAAAAAUUAAAACUUUUUGAGCAUUUUACAAACCACUUAUGUCUUCUUAAUACAAAAAUAAAAUAUAUGUAAUCAUCUUGAUUGUUUCUUUCAGACUCAGAUGCCAGACCCCAAAACAUUCAAGCAACAUUUUGAAAGUAAACAUCCUAAGUCUCCAAUGCCCCCAGAGCUAGUGGAUGUACAGGCAUAA